AUGGCAGAUACAGUGUUGAAGCCGUUCCAAAUUAGGAACCUGCAUGUUUACCCAGCAGAGGAAAACCUAUAUGAUUCUUCCACUGAGAGUGUCAUCUCCAGCUCUCCAACUGACGAGUCUCAAAUCAGGCCCUCAUGUCUCAUCCAGUUAUCUGCAGGGGAGUAUGAUAAGAUUAUCAGUGAUCACCCAAAUGGAACCCUAACUUAUAUCGACGAUGAUGAUGGUGACCUCAUCACUGUUGGAUCCUCUUUUGAACUCGAACAGCGCCUUGAUGAAUCAUCACAAUAUAAAACCAUGAUCUCGAGGGACCAACCAGAACCGUCUCCGAUUCACUUGUUUGACAUUCGCCGACGCAGGUCUAUAAUCAAGCUUUGGAAAGACAUUGAGAAGAACUCGAAAAUUCGAUGGGCUCGGCUGGAAGAUGAAUUUCUCGAGGAGCCGAAAUCUAGCGAAGCUGGUACUUCGUUUGAACCUCGUGGGCUAGAUGUCAACGAGUCUACAGACUCACGUCAACGAUGGUUGGACGCAUGCAGGCCACCUCGACUUCAGUCUCAGCAGACUUUAGAAAAAGAGAGUCCAUAUCCUACCCUCAAGGAUAUAGAUUCGUCCUCACCGACUAUCAUGUCAUUAUCAGCUAUUACAGAUGAAGGCAGACGUCAGGCAGAAGAAGCAGGAAGUCGUAUACGGAGCAUGUGGAACGCGCCUGCCAGUGUCUCUCAUGCAGCACCUGAUUUUAUCCGCAAUCAAGAGAAUCCUUGGGCUGCCUCAGUAGAGCCUGUUACGGAUGACAAUGACAGUAACCAUUCAUCUGAAGCUCAACUGUCAAAUAUUGAGGUAGAGUCACAGCCGCUUUUGUCGGCAUUCGAGGCUGAAAUGGCCAAAAUUCUGGAAAAUUCACAAAAGCCUGUGAACGAUGCGAAUAGUCCCAAYCCCCCCCCAGAGCCGCAGAAUCAACGYCCSGAGCCGAUAGAGCAGAUAUGGCCUGUCAAUCUCGUGACUGGUGUCUUGCAGGCCGUUGUUGAUGGAAUUGAGAAUAUGGGAUCGGAGCUCAAGACAAGGAUUCCUGAAAUGGAACGCCACCUGGCAAAUGCGCAAAGAACCAUCCCAGAUGAUAUCGGAACCAAGAUGCAGACGGCCUUAUCAGCAUUCGAAUCACAAGUUCAGAAUCUAGCACAGAUCGUACAGCAAGCAUCCGAUGCCUCUGGCGAAGCCGCUGAAAGGGUUCGUCAAGCCGAUCUUCGAUCUACUGAACAAAUGCUCAACGGCCUUGGAGACAUAGCCCAUGAGUUUGAGGACUUUGGAAAAACCUUGUUUGCUGCUUUUGAAGCUGAGUUUGGUCAACGAAAAAAUGGCAACGAGGCAGAUGUUACUGAUUCUAUGAAUGCGAGUCAGGAUGCAAAUCCUGCCCAGUCUCAAGCUCAAGCUCAAGAAGACGUGCUCUCUUCCACGAAGGUUGAUCUGCCCCAAGAAUCCUUGGACAAGGCUUCGGAAGCGGCAGCACCAGCUGCGUAUCAAAGUCCAGUACCACCUGCUCCCUUAUCACCUGAUCUACGAGAGCAACUACCGCCUCAUUUACGAGAGUCCUUGCUUUCGGAACUUAAGACAGCUACUUCGCAGGUCUUACUAUCAGAUGCUAAAGACAGAUCUGUCCAGCAGCAUCAGCCAAAGCCGCAAUUAUCGACUUCUACUCCACGCGAAUCAAUCCUUUCCGAGAUCAGAAGCAGGGCUACUUCGGAAACAUCUUUGCUUCCAGAGAUCAUAAGUAGAGCCACCCAGCAAGACUCCCAACACCCAGAGAUCAAAAGCAGAGUGACCCAACAAGAAUCCUUGUCUUCAGAGAUAAGAAGCCGAGCUAUGCAAAAUAAUCAGCCGCAAUCCCAACAGCAGGAAACUGAAAAACCCUUGUUCUCAAGCUGGCCAAACCGUCCAGCCUUUGUGCCACCACCAUUCAUACCUACAACCACUCGCCCUCCAGUGCCUCCAAAAGCUGUCAAUGACAAGCCAACUCCACACAUGGAUGCACGACCAGCAGGUCCUUUUGACACAAGGGACGAGCGGUCAGAGGACAUGACUAGGUCUCUUUUUAUGGGUAAUAUAGGUUUCGAGGUCACUGAACGAGUCAUAGAAGAGGUAUUUGCCUCUCAUCUCUUCUCAGCCAAAGUCCAUCUACCCAUUGAUUCGUCUACUGGCAAGCAUGCCGGGUUUGGAUAUGCCCGUUUCCCGUCCGUUUCGUCUGCCAAGGCUGCUCUUGCUAGACUCCAAGGGGUGGUGAUAGACGGGCACUCUUUGAAUUUGGAGCACUGUGACAACUCUCCCAUUGAUGACUUGCAAACCCAAAUUCGGCCAAAUGACAGUCUUCCAAGUGUCUUUAGCGGCAACGCUCGCAGCACCAAUUCACGCAUUAGCCGGCCUACUUUUGCUCAGAGCAGCUCCUUGAAUCCUUUCGAUCAUCCAGAAGAGACACCCGAGUUCGCGGCACGGUACCCUUCUCUACUUCCAACCUACAAACCCAAGAAUGACUCUUUGGCGAUACCCCCACGUUCCAUGACACUUAGCCCUAACUCGGAGAUGGCUCGUUUUCCUCCUGUUUCUCAAAUAGAUGCACAUCUAUUAGCGAACAACCAGCGUCGAGAUCUUACUGAGACUAGCCAGGACCGACCGCGCCCUCAUAGUGUCACCGGGCCGCAGCAACAGGAAACCAGGAGAGUAGGCGAAGAAAUUCGACUGCGAAAGCCACGACGUGUCGCUUCGACUAUCCAUCGGGGAUCUACUAGUCAGCUUGAUGCACAAACUAGUAACGCGCACACUCUUAGACGUAGAGCAACAGAGGCAAACACAUUGCGUCGUCGCGCUCAUGAAAAUCCGUUUAGGGAUCCGCGUCCCGUGAGCCUCUACGACAGACCUGCCGGGUCGAUCCCUGGCAGUUUCCCUGUGGAUGAUACCCCAGCGCCAGUCACCACCAAUGAGGAGUCUAAUAGUGAUGGAGAGUUCCGAUAUGCGAUGCGACAGUCUCUCAUUGAUCAGUGCGUUGAUCACCUGUUGAAACUCGGCUAUGGCACGUAUAUUGAUGGAGGGCGUGAUAGGCUGAGAAUCAUUGCUGAAGCCGCUAAUUUGCAGGUCUCCGAUGCAAUUGAUAUGAUUGAAGAGGAGCGGAUGGCUUACGAACGUUAUACACCAAAUGCCUGA